CGAUUAGUUCCAAUAUUUUAUAUCAUUUUGCCUAAUGUGUACAAGUGCCUACUGAUGUUUUAGCUAAAAUGCAUAGAUUAUUAUCGUUAUUUUCAUAUGCUCUAGCUUUAAGUGUUCUAAGUGCAUCAGGAUAUGAGCUGAAUAUUCUGCAUUAUAAUGACUUCCAUGCGAGAUUCGUAGAGACUAGCCCAAUAGGAACAGUUUGUAACCCAUCAGUCGCUCCAUGUAUUGGUGGCUUCGCUCGCCUCGCGACUCUGGUCCGCGAGCGCUUGAAAGAUGAACCUGAGUCCUUGCUCCUCAAUGCAGGUGACAGCUUCCAAGGGACCAUUUGGUACAAUAUUCUGAGAUGGAACGUUACUCAAGAUUUUAUGAAUUUGCUGCCUCAUGAUGCUCAUGUAUUAGGAAAUCAUGAGUUUGACAACGGCAUCGAGGGUGUUGUUCCUUACUUAGAAUAUUUAGACUCAACAGUAGUCACAGCUAACAUCAUUGAUGACUUAGAACCGACUAUGCAAGGGAAGUACGAAAAAAGUACAAUUGUAGUAAAAAAUGGCAGAAGAAUUGGUAUCAUUGGUGUUAUUAUUGCUACCACUGAUAUCUUAGCUUCAACGGGUAAUCUCAAAUUCACAGAUGAAGUUGAGACUGUAAAGGAAGAAGCUGAGAAACUGAAUGCACAAGGUGUUGAUAUAAUUGUAGUUUUGUCUCACUGUGGUCUUGACAUUGACAGAGAAAUUGCACUUCACGCAGGUCCCCAUAUUGACAUCAUUGUUGGAGGCCAUAGUCAUACUUUGCUAUUCAAUGGAGAUGUUCCUGAGAACAGUGGUUUUAUUCCAUUAGGACCUUACCCGGUGGUAGUAGAACAAGCAACUAGAAAAGUUUUAAUAGUACAAGCAGCAGCGCAUACACAAUAUUUGGGUGAAAUAAAGUUGACAUUCGAUGAUAGUGGCCAUCUCUUGAGUUGGGCUGGUAAUCCUCAUUACAUUGGAAAUGAAAUCGAGCAAGCACCAGAUGUUUUAGAAAAAGUUAAUCAAUACCUACCUCUGGUUGAUGAGUUGGCUUCCCAGGAGAUCGGAGAAUCCAUGGUGCAACUAUCAGCCAACUGCGCCUGCUCCGAGUGCAAUCUCGGUAGCUUAAUCUGUGAUGCUUUUAUGCAUGCCGCGCUACAAAGAGCUGGAAGUGACAGGUGGAACUACGCACACUUUUGUGUCAUCAAUCAGGGUGGAAUUAGAACGGAUAUAGAUAGAGGAGUGGUUACUUACGAGUCGGUGAUACAGUCCACUCCCUUUGAGAACAACGUUGAAGUUUUCGAUUUAAAAGGCGAACAUAUUAUGGAAAUGUUGGAGUUUUCUGUGGCCAACGACCCUUAUUUGGGCGCGAGGAUGUUACAAGUGUCAGGAAUGAGGGCAGUUUUUGAUGGAGCCCGUCCAGUAGGGAAUCGAGUGCUCAAUGUAACCAUUCGAUGCAUAGAAUGCGAUGUACCAAAAUAUGAGCCUUUGUUACUCGAAAAAUAUUACAAAGUUGUAUCAACCGACUUCAUAGGCAAUGGCGGGGGCAAUUACAAUAUGAUAAGUGAAAAUCGUAAGAAUGUAGAAGUUCUGGGAGUCGACUACGAUGUUCUAAUGGACUACAUACGUCAUCAAUCGCCAGUUUUUGCCGAAACAGAUGGCCGAAUGACGAUUAGCAAUCCUUGUACUGAGAACUAAUUGAAAAAUAGGUGGUCAUUUUUUAUGACACAAUGUACUUACGUUUUUAUGAUUACUGAUUUGACUUGACUUAUUUUACUGAUUUCAUUUACUGAAAUAUUUCUAGAAUACCUUAUACGUGAGUACUUGAAAUAUUAGGUAUUCAAAUGAGAAAACAAACUUAUCAUAAUAAAUUCAACUAGAUUAAGUUCCAAAGAUAUAACUUUUAUCUCAAUCUAAAAAAGAAUCAAAGAAAUGUUGCAAGCAUUAAAAAUAUUCGCCUUCACAAGAUUUAUAUACUGCAAAAGCGAAUUGUCGAGAAUAUAAAAAGUUUCACAAAUUAAUUGCCAUAAUAAAUUAUUCAGAGAAAUGAUCACUAGCACGAAUUGGUCCUGAAAAAAUCUAGUUAGUCACGGACCCAGAAUCGUUAUUCAUCUUAUUGAAAAACUUAUUUUAAUGGAGUAUGAAUGAUUCUUAUAUUCUCGGGUAUCUGUAAAAUGAAUGGAUUUAUUGAGGAAGCUUUUCAGUACAUAAUGUAGAAAGGAUUUUUACAUGAUAUUGGAGAUUUUAGGAUCCUUUAAUGUGCUUCUCGAGAAAUGACACGUCGACUUUUGUUCAUCUUCACCAUAACAUAUUACUAUUUAUAGUUUUUGAAAUCAGUUUUAGGCACUCACUUAAUAAAUAAAUACUCAAUUGAAAAGUAACUGAAAUUCAAAUAUACAUCCAUCAAAUGUAAACAGAAAACUUAUCAAGUUGGGAUGCAGCUUUUGCAUUCAUUUUAAAAGUCGUCGCAGUUUUAAUGAAAAAUAUUUGAGGAGGCAAGUUUCGCCGACUGAAAGACAAUUAAAAACAGUUUUCUUUUCAACACUGGUGCCGGGAAGUAUUUUUCUUCGGCCAGUUUCUUCGAAUUAAACUGGAAUUUAUAAGUAAAAGCGACCUCUGUCGGAGUAAA